ACGCUCCAGGAGGCGCAGAGAACCACGUCAACAGAAAUAUCGCAUCAGGCGAGUGUCUGUGACUCUGUGACGCUGUUUGGGAGUGUGGAGGAAGCAGUGCGCAUUUGAUACGCAGUUAAAUAAACAAUGUCUUCAUCGGAAGAAUCUGAAUUGAAAGCAGGUCAUCCUCCGGCUGUGAAAGCUGGAGGGAUGCGAAUUACGCAGCACAAGUCUCCAAAGGAAGAAAAGGAAACCAAGUCCACGAAAGACAAAGAUUUUUCAGAAUCCGAAGGGAAUUCGGCUUUGAAAGUUUCUACAAGUCCUCCAAAAUCUUUGACAAUAUCUGGAGCACCAGUGAGAGGCCAUGCUGAUUUUCCCACCGAGGCAGUGCAGAGUUUUCAUGAGAAACCAGUGCCAACACAUGAUCCACGCCAUACUCCAUCCAAUAAGCCAAACAUAAUACAUCAGCCUCGCAAGUAGGCUGCUCAGGACAUACGGGUUAACUACUGUUUUUACUAAAGUCAAUAAUUCUCCAUGGUGUCUUGACUACUUUGGAACAUUCUUUAAAGCAUUUUUUUUUUCUCAUAUUUUGUCACAUUGAGGUUUUGGGCAUUCCUUUUCCUGAAGACACUAAUUUUUUCCAUGCCAGUGUCUUGCAAAUCUUCUGUUACUCUGAAAGACUGAUAAGUACCUGAAAGAAUAGGUACAGAUGCAUUUAUGUGUCAGCUGUGGAUCUGUGGGACCAUAAUUGUAUGCAUUUUACACAUAUUAAGGCAAGAUCUAUUCUUUUGAAGUAUCAGCUCUGUUUCAGUUAUUUUUGAUGUAGUGAGAGUAAAUUAUUUGCAGUAGCAUUUAAUAAAUAUUUCUGAGUGAGGUUUUCAGUGUUAACUAAGGAAUAACAAGAAUGGUUGUUUUUUGUAAUAAUAGAAAAUAAUUUUUGGUCUUUAUAAUAUUAAAUGAUAAUGGUAGCAUAUAUCAAGAAAAUGUAUCCACUUAUGAGAAACAGAUGAUGUUCAGCAAUUUAAUUCCUGUUGUUGUUGAAGUAAUUCACAUUUUGAGACAGUGAUUUUUACUAUUGUACGCAGGUAUUAUGCGCUUAAAUAGCAAGGUGAUUGGGUAUUAAUACUGUUGGAAUAAAUAUGUUAACAAUAUUUUUGUUAAGAUUUUGUAAUUGUUUGUUAUAUGGACGAAAAUUUUUGAACACAAUACAUUUAACAGCUUGUCAAACUGAAAAUCAUCACCAUGUGAUGAUUGCUUUAUGCACACAUGGUAAAACGUUUAAGAAUUUGAUAUUUUGGCUUGGCUGUACAUUUGAAUAAAAGUGUCUUGAGACACUAAGA